GCGCGUUUAUCGAAGCUCCUCCCCGGGCCGUUACUUCGGAAGAGGGAGGACGUGGGCGAGGCGAGGCACUCGGCGUCCUCGGCGACCCGGCUCCCCAGCCCUCCGCCCCUCUGCUUCCCCGCCGGGGGCGGCCGCCGCGAGCCGGAGUUCUAUUUUGGUUGCUGUGUAGAGAAGAACACUGAACUUUGAAAAGAAAAUGUUAGAAACUAUAGACAAAAACCGGGCCCUGCAGGCAGCGGAGCGCUUGCAAGCCAAGCUGCGAGAGCGUGGGGAUGUGGCAAACGAAGACAAGCUGAACCUUCUGAAGUCAGUCUUGCAAAGCCCACUCUUCAGUCAGAUUCUGAACCUCCAGACCUCUGUGCAGCAGCUGAAAGACCAGGUAAACAUUGCAACUUCAGCAAUUUCAAAUGUUGAAUGUACCCAUAUUCCACAUCUCAGCCCGGCUGUAAUUACUACUCUGCAAAAUGAAUCAUUUUUAUCGUCCCAAAACAAUGGGAAUCUGGAAGUACUUACAGCUUCAGGUACUCCAACCAUCAAUGGGAAAACUGCUUGUGAUGAAUUUGAUCAACUGAUCAAAAAUAUGGCCCAGGGUCGCCAUGUAGAAGUGUUUGAGCUCCUCAAACCUCCCUGUGGGGGCCUCGGGUUCAGUGUUGUGGGACUGAGGAGUGACCACCGGGGAGAGCUGGGAAUAUUCGUGCAGGAGAUCCAAGAGGGCAGUGUGGCUCACAGAGAUGGAAGAUUGAAGGAAACUGAUCAAAUCCUUGCUAUCAACGGACAGGCACUUGAUCAGACGAUCACACAUCAGCAGGCCAUCAGCAUCCUGCAGAAAGCCAAAGAUACUGUGCAGCUCAUUAUUGCCAGAGGCUCGUUGCCUCAGCUCAUCAGUCCCAUGGUUUCCCGCUCCCCAUCCGCAGCCAGCACAAUUUCUGCUCACUCUAAUCCGGUUCACUGGCAGCAUGUGGAAACUAUUGAAUUGGUGAAUGAUGGAUCUGGUCUGGGAUUUGGCAUUGUCGGAGGAAAAGCCACUGGCGUAAUAGUAAAAACCAUUCUGCCUGGAGGAGUGGCUGAUCAACAUGGGCGAUUGUGCAGUGGAGACCACAUUCUAAAGAUCGGAGACACAGAUCUGGCAGGGAUGAGCAGUGAGCAAGUAGCACAAGUCCUCAGGCAGUGUGGAAACAGAGUCAAACUGGUGAUUGCAAGAGGUGCCCUAGAAGAACCGGCAGCACCCACCUCUCUGGGCAUCACUGUGUCCUCAUCCCCAUCCUCUACACCAGAGAUGCGGGUUGAUGCUUCCACUCAGAAAAGUGAAGACAGUGAGACAUUUGAUGUAGAACUCACUAAAAAUGUCCAAGGAUUAGGAAUUACCAUUGCUGGUUACAUUGGAGAUAAAAAACUAGAACCUUCAGGAAUCUUUGUAAAGAGUAUUACAAAGAGCAGUGCUGUGGAACAUGAUGGCAGAAUCCAAAUUGGAGACCAAAUUAUAGCAGUAGAUGGUACAAACCUUCAAGGUUUCACCAACCAACAAGCAGUAGAGGUAUUGCGGCACACGGGACAGACCGUGCACCUGACACUGAUGCGUAGAGGAACGAAGCAGGAAGCUGAGCUCACGGCAAGGGAGGACGUCACAAAAGAUGUGGUUUUGUCUCCUGCCAAUGCCAGCAUCAGCAAAGAAAAUUAUGAAAAAGAUGAAGAUUCUUUAUGUUUGAGGAGAAACACCAGCACAUUACCCAUUGAAGAAGAAGGGUAUCCCUUACUGUUAGCUGAAAUAGAAGAAAUGGAAGAUGCACAGCAACAGGAAACUGCCCUGCUGAAAAAGUGGCAAAGGAUUAUGGGAAUUAAUUAUGAGAUAGUGGUGGCCCAUGUGAGCAAGUUCAGUGAGAACAGUGGUUUGGGGAUAAGUCUGGAAGCAACAGUGGGACAUCAUUUUAUCCGAUCUGUUCUACCGGAAGGUCCUGUUGGACAUAGUGGGAAGCUUUUCAGUGGAGAUGAGCUAUUGGAGGUGAAUGGCAUAACAUUGCUUGGGGAAAAUCACCAAGAUGUGGUGAACAUUUUAAAAGAGCUGCCUAUAGAAGUGACCAUGGUGUGCUGUCGUCGCACUGUGCCACCCACCACCCAGUCAGAAUUGGAAGGCCUGGACCUCUGUGACAUUGAACUAACAGAAAAGCCUCAUGUAGAUCUCGGCGAGUUCAUCGGGUCUUCGGAAACUGAGGAACCUGCACUGGAGAUGCCCGAUGUGGGUCCGGACGCCGGGAAGGUUCACGGGCCUUUGGCCAUGUGGGAGGCAGAUGUGCAGCACAUAGAGCUGGAGAAAGGCAGCAAAGGACUUGGCUUUAGCAUUUUAGAUUAUCAGGACCCCGUAGAUCCAGCGAGCACUGUGAUCGUGAUUCGUUCUUUGGUUCCUGGCGGUGUUGCUGAAAAGGAUGGACGCCUUCUUCCUGGGGAUCGCCUCAUGUUUGUCAAUGACGUGAACCUGGAGAACAGCAGUCUCGAGGAAGCUGUGCAGGCCCUGAAGGGGGCCCCGGCAGGAACGGUGAAAAUAGGAGUUGCCAAGCCUUUACCCCUUUCUCCAGAAGAAGGUUAUGUUUCUGCCAAGGAGGAUUCCUUCCUCUACCCCCCACACUCCUGCCAGGAGGAAGGGCUGGCUGACAAGGCCCUCUUCAGGGCUGACUUGGCUCUGGUGGACACAAACGAUGCUGACUUAGCUGAUGAAUCUGCAUUUGAGUCUCACUACUCUCCCGACAAUGACAGCAUAUACUCUACUCCAGCCUCUGUUUUAUCUCUUCACAGUAGUGCUUGUAGUGAUGGCCUGAACUAUGGUCCCUCCCUUCCAUCUUCUCCUCCCAAGGAUGUUACUGACAAUUCUUCAAAUCCAAUACUUGAUCUGCACGUGCCCUUGGAAGAACUCUACACCCAGAACCUCCUGCAAAGACAGGAUGACAGCCCACCUUCCAUUGACUUGAGCAUGGGACCUGCUUCUGGGUUUAUUGUAAAUGAUUAUACACCUGAACAGCAAUAUGGGUGUGAAAACACAGGCAUGUGGGCUGAGUCUCACCUACCCAGUGAAGUUUUAUCCAGUGCAGAGCUUACUUCUCUGCUGCCGGAUUCAACGGGACAGGGCUCUGAGUUCCUAAAUCAGCAGAGCUCUCUGGCCUCUACUGCUGAGCGUGCCAUGCUUCAGAAUAUAUCCAGAGACGUUUUUGAGAAGACGAUUACCAUAGCAAAAGGCAAUUCUAGUCUAGGGAUGACAGUAAGCGCUAACAAAGAUGGCUUGGGGGUGAUUGUCCGAAGCAUUAUUCAUGGAGGUGCCAUUAGUAGAGAUGGCCGGAUUGCCGUUGGGGACUGCAUCUUGUCUAUUAAUGAAGAAUCUACUAUCAGUUUAACCAACGCCCAGGCACGAGCCAUGUUGAGAAGACAUUCCCUCAUUGGGCCUGACAUUAAAAUUACUUACGUGCCUGCAGAACAUUUGGAAGAGUUUAGAAGAAGCUUGGGACAACAAUCUGGAGGAAUAAUGGCCCUGGAUAUAUUUUCUCCAUACACUGGCAGAGACAUUCCAGAAUUACCAGAGCGAGAAGAAGGAGAGGGAGAAGAAAGUGAACUUCAAAAUGCAGCGUACAGCAAUUGGAAUCAGCCCAGGCGGGUUGAACUGUGGAGAGAACCAAGCAAGUCCUUGGGCAUCAGCAUUGUUGGUGGACGAGGAAUGGGGAGUCGACUAAGCAGUGGUGAAGUGAUGAGGGGCAUUUUCAUCAAACAUGUUCUUGAAGAUAGUCCAGCUGGAAAAAAUGGAACCUUGAAACCUGGAGAUAGAAUAGUCGAGGUGGAUGGGCUGGACCUCAGAGAUGCAAGCCAUGAGCAAGCUGUGGAAGCCAUUCGGAAAGCAGGCAACCCCGUAGUCUUUAUGGUACAGAGCAUUAUAAACAGACCAAGGAAAUCCCCCUUGCCUUCCUUGACGCACAGCCUUUACCCUCAGUACAACUUCAGCAGCACUAACCCAUUUGCUGAUUCUCUGCAGUUCAUCGCUGACAAGGCGCCCAGUCAGUCCGAAACGGAGCCAGAGAAGGCUCUGUUGUGCCAUGUGCCUCUGCCCCCUCCUUCGGCGUUUGCAGAAAUGAGCGGCGAUCAUGCCCAGUCAUCUGCAAGCAGGGUCUCAGAAGAAGGGGACAAAGAGGAUGAGUUUGGUUACAGCUGGAAAAAUAUCAGAGAACGUUAUGGGACUCUGACCGGCGAGCUGCAUAUGAUUGAACUGGAGAAAGGUCGGAGUGGUUUGGGUCUAAGUCUUGCUGGGAACAAAGACCGAUCCAGGAUGAGUGUCUUUAUAGUGGGGAUUGAUCCAAAUGGAGCAGCUGGGAAAGAUGGUCGGUUGCAGAUUGCAGAUGAGCUUCUAGAGAUCAAUGGGCAAAUUUUAUAUGGAAGAAGUCAUCAGAAUGCUUCCUCAAUCAUUAAAUGUGCCCCUUCUAAAGUGAAAAUAAUUUUCAUCAGGAAUAAAGAUGCAGUGUGUCAGAUGGCUGUGUGUCCUGGAAAUACAGUAGAAUCUUUGCCUUCUACCUCAGAGAAUCUUCAAAAUAAGGAGGCUGAACCAAGUGUUGCCACUUCGGAUGCAGCUGUGGACUUCAGUUCAUUUACAAAUGUGCAACAUCUGGAGCUUCCCAAGGACCAAGGGGGUUUGGGCAUUGCUAUCAGUGAAGAAGACACACUCAGAGGAGUCAUCAUAAAGAGUCUGACGGAGCACGGGGUCGCGGCCAAGGAUGGGCGGCUCAAAGUUGGAGAUCAGAUCUUGGCUAUCGAUGAUGAAGUUGUUGUUGGCUAUCCUGUUGAAAAGUUUAUUAGCCUUUUGAAAACAACCAAGACGACAGUGAAACUUACCAUUCGGGCCGAGAAUCCAGAUUCCCAGGCUGUUGCUUCAGCAGCUGGUACAACCAAUGGCGAAAAAAAGAACAGUUCCCAGUCUCCGAUGGUCCCGCCACCUGGCUCCCCAGAACCGGAGCCCGUCCGAAGUACAAGCAGGUCGUCAACACCAGCCAUCUUUGCUUCUGAUCCUGCGACCUGCCCCAUCAUCCCAGGCUGCGAAACAACAAUCGAGAUUUCCAAAGGGCGAACAGGGCUGGGCCUGAGCAUCGUCGGGGGGGCCGACACACUGCUGGGUGCCAUUAUUAUCCAUGAAGUGUAUGAGGAAGGAGCAGCAUGUAAAGAUGGAAGACUGUGGGCUGGAGAUCAGAUUUUAGAGGUGAAUGGCAUUGACUUGAGAAAGGCCACACAUGAUGAAGCAAUAAAUGUCCUGAGACAGACGCCACAAAGAGUGCGCCUGACACUCUACAGAGAUGAGGCCCCAUACAAAGAGGAGGAUGUGUGUGACACCCUCACCAUUGAGCUGCAGAAGAAGCCAGGCAAAGGCCUGGGAUUAAGUAUUGUUGGUAAAAGAAAUGACACUGGCGUCUUUGUAUCAGACAUUGUCAAAGGAGGAAUUGCAGAUGCUGAUGGAAGACUGAUGCAGGGAGACCAGAUACUGAUGGUGAACGGAGAGGAUGUCCGUAAUGCCACUCAGGAAGCUGUUGCCGCUUUGCUAAAGUGUUCCCUAGGCACAGUGACCUUGGAAGUGGGAAGAAUCAAAGCUGGACCGUUCCAUUCAGAGAGGAGGCCCUCUCAGAGCAGCCAGAUGAGCGAAUGCAGCCUGUCAUCCUUCACUUUCCCGCUGUCUGGGUCCAGUGCCUCCGAGUCGCUGGAAAGUAGCUCAAAGAAGAACGCAUUGGCAUCAGAAAUACAGGGAUUAAGAACAGUUGAAAUAAAAAAGGGGCCUACUGAUUCACUGGGAAUCAGCAUUGCUGGAGGAGUGGGCAGCCCACUUGGUGACGUUCCUAUAUUUAUUGCAAUGAUGCACCCGAAUGGGGUGGCAGCUCAGACCCAGAAACUCAGAGUUGGGGAUAGGAUUGUCACCAUUGGUGGCACUUCCACUGAGGGGAUGACUCACACCCAAGCAGUUAACUUACUGAAAAACGCUUCCGGCUCCAUCGAAAUGCAGGUGGUGGCUGGCGGAGAUGUGAGUGUGGUCACAGGGCACCAGCAGGAGCCUGCCAGUUCCAGUCUUCCUUUGACUGGGUUGACAUCAAGCAGUAUAUUUCAGGAUGAUCUAGGACCUCCUCAGUGCAAGUCUAUUACACUGGACCGAGGACCAGAUGGCUUGGGCUUCAGUAUAGUAGGAGGGUACGGCAGCCCUCACGGAGACUUACCCAUUUACGUUAAAACAGUAUUUGCGAAGGGAGCAGCCUCGGAAGAUGGGCGUCUGAAAAGGGGUGAUCAGAUCAUCGCCGUCAACGGGCAGAGUCUGGAAGGGGUGACCCACGAAGAAGCCGUGGCCAUCCUGAAGCGGACGAAAGGCACGGUCACCCUGACGGUUCUCUCCUGAAGCGGCCGCCGGAAUUGAGCCAACGCAACCCCUCGCUCCCAUCCCACCCUGCGGGGAGAACAGGACUGGCCCUGCGGGUGCCCUUCCCACGCUGUGUUCCUCGUGCUCUUCCAGGCUGUAGGGAAGGCGCCAUUUACGUGUGUCACUCGCACGUGCCAGUGAUUUUCUCACUGACAGCCUAGCCUCAUGUUUCCCUCCCUCCUUACCUAUGGUGACCGUAAGCUCAAAGGUAGGACUAUUUGCAUAGUGAAAUCAUUCUUUCUUCCUGAAGACACCUGACAUUGUAUAGUGACACGGGCAAGAAUUACCACAUGCUACACUGGUUAGUAGAGGAAGAAAAAAAAAAAUAAUUCUAAAGCUAACCAUGAGAAAUGGCUUUAGUCAAGGUGAAAGUGAAAAUAUAAAAUAAAGAAGGAAAUGUCAAGUUUUGUAAAAACGCCUCGUUUUGUCAAUCUACCCCUCUCCCUAUUACUAACUAAAAAAUAAAUCAGUUUUUUUCUAUUAAAAUGUAAAAAAAAAUACUCAGUAUUUAAGAUAUUUGAAUAUUAUAAAAAAUUACAUCUCCCACCUUUAAUAUACACAUAUAUUGCUCCCUCUGAAAGUGGGUUUCUGAGAUGGAGGAAAGAGCAAAUGUCUAAAGCAGUGUCCCUAAGUUUGUAAAGAAAACAUUUGAGGCACAUCUCCGUGGUCGUUUUCAUUUCCGACCUGUUAUAAAACGUUCCUGUGAUUCCACAAGUGAGAGGAUGAUGCCGCCCCGCACUGACUGUCAUUUCUCUUGAAAGCAGCUGUGCUAACUGUGGAGGAACAUCGAAGGCGCUCAGCACCUCAGCGCUGGCUCUAACGGAUGCAACACUAAAAACGUGUUCGCGCUCUGUGCGGUUGCUUUUCAGUUAGUAUCAUCUUAAUGAGAGAGAAGAAAGCAAUGUGUUCGUAAUUAUUUUGGUUGUAUGCCAUUAGAAAAUCGAUAGAAAAAUUAAAGGGGAUUAACAUAACUUUACCCCAUUGCUUUAUAUUAACAUCUUAUAAUACAAUGGUUUCAGACUAAGGGAAACAGAUGGAGCUGUUUAUUGAGACAACUGGUGAGGAAUUAUCAUGUGUUCAUUCCCAUUUUAGAGCGUGAAACUCCUACAUUAGAAUAUAUAAAGUCACUUUAAAUAUUAUCUAUAUUUGUAACAGAGGUAGUGUACAGAUAUUUUAUUGCAGCACUUUGGUGUGAAUGCAGAAUUGAAGUGAAUAAAGAAGAAGUUUCAUGGUGCACGAAUAAAGA